GACUGAAACACUGUAAGUUAAAUUGUAAUAUAUCGCUCCCACUUCAGUGCAGCCACACGUUAGUUAGCUUUCGAGCUACGUUUAGGAAAGAUCCACAGUGCUACGAGCAAAGACUUCCCGGUCAAGAAAUGUCUCAGAAGUAGUUGAUGUGAGCUCGAUAAGCAGAACAAACUGGGACAGCAUUUUCAUCGCUGGCACAAGAUGAGGCAUCACUAAUAACACGCGUUUGUUUACACGCUGAUUUGCUAGCCUUUCUUUUCUAAUGUUAUACACGAAACCCAUAAACUGCAGCUAAAAACAUCACUGACCACAGUGGCUUUGUGUCUGUAAAAUUAAGCUACUUCGACUAUUCGUUUUGUUUGUUUGUUUGUUUUUUUAAUGUACGACAAUCAAACGUUAAUUAGCCAACUCGCUACGUAACGUUAGCGCCGAGCAUUGACAGGUCGGCAGGAAGGCAGGCGAAAUCCUGCGUGCUGUGUCCACUGCACUGCCCUGUUCACACACACUUCACCGAGGCAGGACGGAUUGCAGGGAAAGGGAAAGAAAGACGAGAAGAGAGAAAGGCGAUGACAACACUACAAGACACUGAGGAUGCCAGUGAAACCGACCUUGCCAAGCAUGAUGAAGAUGACUAUGUGGAAAUUAAGGAGCAAAUGUACCAAGACAAACUGGCCUCUCUGAAAAGACAGCUGCAGCAGUUACAAGAAGGCACACUGCAGGAGUAUCAGAAGAGGAUGAAGAAGUUGGACCAGCAGUACAAAGAGAGACUCCGAAAUGCAGAUCUGUUUCUCCAGCUUGAGACAGAGCAGGUGGAAAGGAACUACAUCAAGGAGAAGAAGGCUGCGGUGAUGAAAGAGUUUGACGAUAAAAAGGUUGAGCUUAAGGAAAACCUAAUCGCAGAGCUGGAGGAGAAAAAGAAGAUGAUUGAGAACGAGAAAUUAACAAUGGAGCUGACAGGCGACUCAAUGGAGGUAAAGCCAAUCAUGACCAGGAAGCUGAGGCGACGGCCCAACGAUCCGGUCCCGAUACCAGACAAACGGCGAAAACCUGCACCGGCUCAGCUAAAUUAUUUGCUAACAGAUGAGCAGAUAAUGGAAGAUCUAAGAACACUUAAUAAACUGAAGUCACCAAAACGGCCGUGUAUGUUUGGAUUUUUGUAAUGAACCUUUAUUGAAACACAGAUUUUACUGUCUUGCUGAGUUGGAGUAUCAGAUUAACACCUCUCAGACAGAUGAGUCUCCCUCUGCUAUGAGAAAGAGAGUGAAUACACACAUUUCCCAGAAUGUUCCACAUACACCACAUAUAUUUUUACAUUUAAAUAAGGAUUUUUUUUAUUGCAUUGAUACUAAUCAAGUAUUUCUCCCUCCUUAGUGUCUCCCUCAUCUCCAGAGCACGUCCCCUCCGCUCCCAUGGAGAACCCCACCCAGCGUUACGAGGCCCGCAUCGAGGAUGGGAAACUUUAUUAUGACAAAAGAUGGUACCACAAGAGUCAGGCCAUCUACCUGGAGUCAAAAGACAACACAAAGAUCAGCUGUGUCAUCAGCACAGUCGGAACCAAUGAGAUUUGGGUGAGAAAGACGAGCGACAGUACAAAGAUGAGGAUCUACCUGGGGCAGCUGCAGAGGGGAGCGUUCGUCAUUCGCCGGCGGUCGGCUGCGUGAAACAUUACCCCGCCCGACCCCAUCUGUGCAUCCAUCCAU